AUGGGAAGAUAUGGCGCCUUGUGUAAAAAUCUCGCCGAAAUUUUCCACUACAUCUGCAUACUUGCAUUCACUCUUGUCUUCUACAAGUACGCAACAGACUUCUGCUGGUUUUUAUCCCUCACCACUGAGACGUAUUGGCCUCUGACCUUACGCAACUCUGAACCGCCCCACGAUUUGCUAUUAGAAUUCGAUGUCAACUCCAUCGCUAGUAACCUAACGAAAUUUACUAUUCUGGACACACUAGUCCUCAAAGAGGGCACCAAGUCGGUGCAACUGACCUACGAGGAUCUUGUGAAUAUCUCUGACAAAAGAUGGAAGCCCGACUUUGAUCCAAAAGUUCAGUUGGUGUACCCCCAGGCCUUCAAUACCUCCAGCAUCGUCGAUCGGCUUCUGCGUAGAGAACCCAUUCCUGAGGCACCAAUCAACGGCCCUCGAUUUCGGUACCUGGUUCUGAGCAAAGAGGUGUGUCAUCCACAAAUUCCAUCCAGUCACAGAUACAACAUAGUGGUGGUGGUUAAGUCGAGCAUUGCCAACUCUCAGCAAAGGCAGGAGUUUCGACGAAUUUACCAUCCCUACACCAACACCAAUGGUCGACUACUGCUAGGCUUACGAAUUGGUCUCGUCUUCUCUGUCGGCAUUCCUAGAAGUCAGCAAGACAACAUCUUCCAACGUGGCAAGCAUCAAGUGCAACUAACCAGUAGCGGAGGCAAUUUUCUCAAUCCAAACGAUUUGCGUCGUAUCACGGUUCAGUUUGAAGAGGAAAAGUUAAAGUAUGAUGACCUUAUUGUGGGAGAUUAUGAGGACACCUACUUCAAUCUCACCACCAAAAGCCACUAUUCCUUCACAUGGGCUGCCACUUUCUGUCGACGCAGCAGACCCACCAUGCUCUUUGUAGAUGAUGAUAUGCCCUUUUCGGUGAAGCAUCUAGCUCGUGUUGUGCGUUCUCUGCCUCGACACACGAGGUCCACCUUUCUGCAUGGACGAAUUUACACCAAUACUGGUGUCUUCCGCUUUGAGGACGGUGUUAGUAUUCCCAAAUGGAACGUCCUAAAGACCGAGGUGCCCUGGCCAGCGUACCAGACCUACGCUGUGGGUUAUUUCCUUCUGGCUAGUUUUGCGCAUGUGGAACGACUUGCUUUGGCAAUGCUCUUCACGCAGAAAUUCCCCGUGGAAGAUGCAUGGAUCGGUGUGGUGGCAUUCAAACUGGACCUAACUAUGCGGCCGGCUAGGGAAAUUUUUGAUUGGAGGCUGAUUCUAACAAAAAUGAAACACAACCUGCCCUCCGUUCCAUCAUGGGUUUUCAUGUAG